AUGUCAUCCGACCAAGGUGAUGGAAAUUUGAAAAAUGAAAUCUAUGAUAAAGAUAAAGAAAAAGGUGGAAGUUCUUUCUUCACAAAUAUACUUAAGCGGUCAGUCACCACACAUCAUUCUGGAUCUCAACCAAAACUAGUACCUCUUGAACAAUUCAAAAUAACAAGAUCUAAGUCUGCUAAUUACUUUAGAGAUUUUGCAAAUGGUGAUUCACAGAUCUUUACUAAUCACGUACAUUCCUCUUCCAACGAUGGACCUUCACCAGUAUUAUCAAAUAGUUUAUUGAACGAAACAUUGAUGUCCACACCAAUAGUCAGUCCUGAAAGAUUUCCCUCUGUUAUUAUACAUAAGAGAAAACUGUUCGAAGAAGAAUUAAGUCCUCAAUUGUUAGAUACAGCUGAUUUUAAAAUUAAUGCCGUGUCUCCAUUAACUGGAGAGAGUUUGAAGCUGCCACAAGAAGGCAGCCUGGCCAUGAUGAUACCAGUUCCGUCUCAUGAACCUUUCCAAAGACAAAAUUUAGAAACGAGCAACAACAACUACUCAAAUGAAAACUCAAUAGGUUCGCAACAUUCUAUUAAGAUUCAACAACAAAAUAAUGUUGUUGUUGUUGAAGAAGAAGAAGAUGAUGAUGAUAAUGAUGUCGUUUUGAGUCCGGGUGCUUUAAAUAAAUUGAAAAUGAAUCAUAAUUCCUUGUCAAAAAGAUCAGUAUUUCAGGAGAUUCCAAGUGGAGCUUUGACUGGUAAUCAAAUAAAGAAUCCAGAUGAUGAUGAGGUUAGCAAUUAUGAUAGUCCAUAUAAUUCAAAAAAAAAUAGGAAAAAACAUAAAAUAAUUUACUGUAUUUUGAUACUAUUAAUCUUCUUAUUAAUUUCAAGUUUUGUACCGGCCAUUAUUAUUCUUUCAAAUGGUACAGAAAGUUCAGUUAAAAAUUACCUCAAGUUAGAAAUGAAUAGAAAGAAUAUAAUUCCCUUUUUAAAUCAGAAUUAUGGUAAUAUCAGUAACUUCAAUCCAAAUAUUGUUAAUACUCCUGAUGGGCUAAAUGAAAAAUAUAGAACUGAUCCUCAAAUCUUAGAAUUAAUGAAAGGCUAUGGAGAGCCUAUAUUUCAUGGUCUAGCAUACUCUCCACUAAAUGCCUUGGAACCAAACUGCGGUGUUAAUAAAACAGAUAUUAUGUUCGAUCUUGUAAAAUUGAGUACCGUUACUACCAGAAUUAGAAAUUAUGGUAUGCAAUGUAACCAAAGUGAUUUGAUUCUAGAUUCAAUUCAAACUUUAAAUUUGAAUAUGACAUUAUCUAUGGGAAUUUGGAUAGGAGGUAAUGAUACAAUAAAUAGAAAUCAAAUUGACGAAAUGAAAAAAGUUGUUCGAAAAUAUCCACUGGAAAUGUUUGAAGGUAUAUUUAUUGGAAAUGAAGUACUCUUUAGAGAAGAUAAAAGUACAGAAGAAUUAUUGGAUUACAUUAGGGAAACAAAAAGCUAUUUAAGGUCAAUUGGUUUCAGAAAGGUUCCAGUUGGUACUUCAGAAAUUGGCUCAUUAUUGAAUAAGGAUCUAUUCGAAGAAUGUGAUAUAUUAGGAGCCAAUAUUCAUCCUUUCUUUGCUGGAAAUUCAGUUGAAGGGGCAUCAAAUUGGACAAUUGAAUUCCUUGAGUAUCAAAUGGAACCGUUGAAUUAUAAAAAUAAGACAAUUAUUAUUACAGAAGUAGGUUGGCCCACAGAUGGAGGAAAUUUUCAUAAAUCUACUGCUAACAUCCCAAAUUUUAAAUACUUCUUAAGUGACUAUAUUUGUAAAAUGAAGAAUGUCAAUUAUGGAUGGUAUUAUUUUGAAGCUUUUGAUGAACCUUGGAAAGAAAUUUUUUAUGAAGGUAAAAAUAAAUGGGAGACUGAAUGGGGAUUAUUUAAAAGUGAUCGGCUGGACAAGAUUGAUCUAAGAAAGGUUGGAUCGUGUUAG